AUGCAGUCAGCACUGACGACCAUCUUCAUGCUCCUCUUCGUCCUGCUGUGCCUUCUGGGGAUCCUGGCUAACGGCUUCAUCGCGCUGGUGCUGAGCAGGGAGUGGCUGCGGCAUGGCCGGCUGCUGCCCCUGGACAUGAUCCUCGUUAGCUUGGGCGCCUCCCGCUUCUGCCUGCAGUGGGUUGGGUUGGUGCACAGCUUCUACUACUUUUUCCACCUGCUCGAGUACCCCAGGAGCCUCUCCCGACAGUUCUUUGGUCUACACUGGGACUUCCUGAACUCAGCCACCUUCUGGUUUGGCACCCUGCUCGGCGUCCUGUUCUGCAUGAAGAUUGCUAACAUCACCCACCCUACCUUCCUCUGGCUCAAGUGGAGGUUCCCAGGGUUGGUGCCCCGGCUCCUGCUGGGCUCUGUCCUCAUCUCCCUCAUCGUAACCUUGCUGUUCUUUUGGGGGAACCACACUGUGUAUCAUGGAUCUUUAGAUAGAAAAUUUUCUGGGAACAUGACCCACAAGCAGUGGAACAGGAGGAUGGAAAUUCACUAUUUCCUGCCCCUGAAACUUGUCACGUUGUCAAUUCCUUGCUUUAUUUUUCUGGUGUCCAUCACACUGUUGAUUAAUUCUCUGAGGAGGCACACCCGGAGAAUGCAGCACAGCACCCGCAUCCUGGAGGACCCCAGCAUCCAGGCUCACACCAGAGCUCUGAAGUCCCUCAUCUCUUUCCUCGUUCUUUAUGCUCUGGCCUUUGUGUCCCUGAUCAUCGAUGCUGUGGGCUUUUUCACUUCAGCGAGCGAGUGGUACUGGCCAUGGCAGAUUGUAAUCUAUUUCAGCACAUCUGUGCACCCCUUCAUCCUCAUCUUCAGCAACAUCAAGCUUCGAGGCAUGUUCGGGCAGCUACUGCUGUUGGCCAGGGGCUUCUAG